AUUGCUAUGCUGGGGACCGAAUUUCGAUUGAAGUAGGGAUUAGGCGUAGAUAUAUUUAUAUAUAUGUAUAUACUCGGCAAGUAUACUGUAUAGUAUGGUAUGCAUAGCAACCUCCCCGAUUCUGCAAACUAUAGUUGGGAAUACUGGAUGUAAUUUAUGCAUAUUGUAGAAUGGGAAAGAAGGUGUAGUGGUUACUUUUGGUAGGUGAUUUGUGGACCGGUAAAAAAAAGGGAUUUGAUUGGAAAAUUUCGAUUUUCUUAACAUUCAGCAAUAACCGGCUGGGGGAGAUCGUAUGAGCAGUUGUUUAUUCUGCUGUUUAAUCCAUUCCCUCACAGAGAAUUAGUUACUUUAAAAUGGAUGAAACUAUGAAGCAAUUCCAGGAAGAGCUUGUUGAGGUUGAAGUAGAAGCCGAAAAACUUCUACUGGCACGCCAUGAGUUGAUUGAGGUUGAUAGAGUGCGGAAUGGGAACAGGGAAGCUUUAACAGCAUUAAGAAAGAGGGCUAGAACAACAAAAACCAGUGUCCCUUCCCCUUUUGAAUCAUUAAUGAGGAACAUUGACUCAAGGCCUCUGUUGAGAGAGGUAUGCACAACCUGUGGUGAUCAUGAUUCGAGGGAGGAGGCAUUAUUGAUGUUCCCAGGAACUGAUAUGUUUGCAACUGUGCCAUUUCAUGCUGCCCAUACCAUUUUAGAGGAAGAUCAAGCGCGCCUUGAUUUUGAUUCUAAGAAACUUCAGAGCUAUGUGAAAGAAAAAUCUCUCUGGAUAUCUGAUAAAGGCAUUCUUGAUGACAAGAUCAAUCCUGGUGUACUGAGGUCUCUGGUGACGUUGACUGACAAACCAAAGGUUGAGGAGGAAGAUUGAUCCGUUGCACUUGUCAUGGGGAUCUAAAGUAUCACUGCUUUGCAGGGUUACUGUAAGCUGCACGAUGCUGACCAAACAUGUGAUGGUACAUAGAUGACAUUUGCUGAUAAAGAUAACCAACAUUAAACAGAGAUGUGGAUGAGUAUCGCUUCAAUCAAAGAAGCACAAACUUGUUGGGGUUAAUGAAGAAACUUUAGCUAGAUCUUAUCAUGAGAAAGAUCCAUGAUUGUGGCGAGAAGCCUAUAGCACUGAAUCAAAGACUGUCUAUGCUUGCCUGUGGUAUUGCCUUCUUUUGUUGUGACCUUGAUAUGUCUAGAAAUGAUGCACUUAUAACAUCUUAAAAUUCUCUUAUCUUUCAUGGAUGUUUCUUGUAGCUUACCAAAAACUAUCAAAUGCAGUUUUUUAUCCUCAAUGCUUUAGGA